AUGACGCAACAAUCACAAGGCUCGUCGACUACGACACAAGAACAACAACAGCAUCGUCAUCAUCCCCGAGUUCUAGGCCACAAACUAGCUGAAACAGCCGUCCAAUUCUCUCACCAGGCCGAAAAACUCUCUCAUCAGGACCCGACAGAAAGAUCCGGCGUUGCUGUCGAGGCGCAAUUCGUUACACCUCACGAUCCAGUCAUCGUUACUUCAGAUGGCAACCGACUCCCUGGUGUGCCCUUACAAGAAGCGCAUAAGCUGAAUGCGCUCCGUGAAGAGCUUGAGGGCGAGCCCAAAAAUGUUGAGAUCAAAAAGGGUAACGAGACUAAAGAGAAGAUAUCAAACGUCGAGAACGCGGAGCCUGAGCAAACCAAAGUUGUUCAGAUACCGUCUGAACACAAUGGCGCAUCACUACAAAAGUCGGGCGGUGUCGAUAGCACAUUGCGACGGCAAACACCCCCAUCUCACACAAAUCCUCUCUUCCCUCCAUUGCCUCUGUAUGGCCCCCCCAAUGUGCUGCGCAAUCUUCAAUGCAUGUUUUUCCGCAUUAGCGCAUUCUUUCUCAGUCUGGCGUUUCUCGGCGUCAUCGUCUUGGGAGCCUUGUUUACGACAAUGCCUAUCGUGGCUAAGAACAUUUGGUAUCGGGUGACAUUUCGCAAUCCUGAUGCCGACAGGCCAUUUUACGAGGAGGAGAGGCAGAGAGCUCAAGCGAGGUAUGAGCAAGAGAGGGCUUGGAAGCAAAAAUCGCAUAAUGGAUCGUCAUUGGACCAGGCAGAAGCAGCUGAAGAGUUCCCGCCGACUGAAGGCGGGCCAGAUCCGAUCAUUUGCGAUGUCGCAUACUAUGCGCGCAGAGUUGGCCUCGAUGUUGAGACGUUCGAGGUCCAGACUGAAGACGGUUUCAUAAUUGACCUGUGGCACGUCUACGACCCUAAGGAGUACACUGAGAAGGAAGCAAGCUUGAGGUCCGACCAAGGUCCCGAAGUCUUUCAGCACCAAAGAAGGAAGCUCAAGGACCCGUCGCAAAAGCCCAAGUUUCCGGUAUUACUCAUGCACGGCUUGUUACAAAGCUCAGGUGCCUACUGUUGCAACGAUGACGAAUCCCUUGCUUUCUGGCUUUGCAAAUCUGGCUACGACGUGUGGCUCGGAAAUAACCGUUGCGGAUUCACUCCCAAGCAUGCGCUGCUCGAGUACAAGGACCCAAGGAUGUGGUGUUGGAACAUCAGACAGAUGGGUGUUUUCGAUCUGCCUGCCUUGACAUCAAGAGUUAUCACCGAGACGGGGUUCGAAAAGAUUGGUCUCAUCUGCCACUCCCAGGGAACGACUCAGACAUUUGUCGCAUUGGCCAAAGAGCAGCGACCCGAACUGGGUGAGAAGCUGACAGUUUUCUGCGCUCUCGCUCCAGCAGCCUACGCUGGUCCUCUCAUUGGCAAGAUGUACUUCAAGUUCAUGCGCAUCAUAUCACCGGGUCUGUUUCGGCUUAUGUUUGGUAUUCAUGCAUUCAUUCCCUUCAUGAUGCAGAUGCACGCAAUCUUGGACGCACGUCUAUACGGCUGGCUUGGCUACAAGGUGUUUUCUUUCCUAUUUGACUGGACCGAUGAGCGCUGGGACCGAGGCCUUCGUAAUCGCAUGUUCCAAUUUGCGCCGGUUUACGUCAGUGCCGAGUCAAUGCGAUGGUGGCUUGGUCGCGAGUGCUUUGCAAAGCACAAGUGUAUCUUGUCUACCAAGGAGACUGUCAAGGCCGAGGAACAUAUGGACGCCAAGUCGGAUGGACGACCCAUGACACCCCGCACAUCAUCAGCACUCGAAUCCCAUCGAAAACAACCUAAAGGCUCUACCGCAUGGUACAAUGAACAAGCACCGCCUAUGGCUCUUUGGGUGGCUGGCAACGAUGAUCUUGUUGACGGAGAGAAACUGCUUCGACGAUUUGAGAAAGGUCGCGAGCCACAUGUUGACCUGGUUCACAGCAAGAUCAUUCCCGAGUAUGAGCAUCUAGAUGUCAUCUGGGCUAUGGAUGCAGUCGAUCAAGUUUUCAAGGAAGUUCGAGAGGUGUUGUGGAAGACGUGCAAUGCACGCGACAUUUGUCGAGUCCCCAAGGGUUGUGAGAAUGUGGAAGCACGAAAACACAGCGUAAGUGUUAAAGAAGAGGUGCUAGAUGAGUCCCAGUCUAGCAGCAGCAGCGAGUUGUAA